AUGCAAAUCGAUACGGGAGCAGCAGUAUCAAUCAUUACGGAGGAUGUCUGUUCAAGUCUAGGACUACGCAAUGCGUUACAGCCUUGCACUACGAGGUUUAAGACUUAUGGUGGAACACCGCUUCACGUAACCGGGAAGAUCGACGUCUUAGUUGAGUACGAAGGACAGAAGAAGACUCUUCCCGUGAUUGUAGUGCCCGGAAGAAAACCAUGUUUACUCGGGCGUGAUUGGCUGGAAAGGUUAUCCUUGAACUGGUCUGACGUUUUCAGCAUUGAUGCCGAAGAUAAGGUGAAGCAUCUCGCAAAGAAGUACAGUACGGUAUUUUCGCCGGGAGUGGGACUGAUAAAAGGGUAUCAAGCAAAACUGGUGCUGAAGGAGGGCAGUUUGCCUGUGUUCUGCAAGUCAAGGCAAAUGCCGUACGCGCUACGGGACAUGGUAGAAGCUGAAAUUCGUAGCUUGGAAAACGCAGGGGUACUCGUUCCUGUAAAGACAAGUGACUGGGCAACGCCGUUGGUUGUAGUACGGAAAGCCGAAAACCAAGUCAGACUGUGUGGCGAUUAUAAAGUUACCGUGAAUCCGUGCAUCAAAACCGAUCAUUAUCCGUUGCCUGUGGUGGAGGACCUUUUCGCAGCACUGGCUGGAGGCAAAGUUUUUACGGUUCUGGACCUAACAACUGCGUACCAACAACUCGAGCUUCACCGUGACUCGCGAUCUUUAUUAACUGUGAACACUCAUUUGGGACUUUUCAAUUUUGUCCGUAUGCCAUAUGGUAUAUCCAGCGCACCGGCAAUAUUCCAAUCAGUUAUGGAUGAACUGCUGAAAGGCAUGAAAGGGGUUGUUUCCUAUCUGGACGAUGUGCUUGUAGCAGGAUCGUCGGUAGAGGAAUGUGCAGAGAGAGUAGAGGCUGUGUUAAAGCGUUUCGCCGAACACGGAGUACGCGUAAAGCAAGAAAAAUGCAAAUUUUUCAAAAGAUCCGUGAAGUAUCUUGGACAUGUACUGGAUGCGGAUGGAGUUCACCCCUGUUCAGAAAACGUAGAAGCAAUUCAGAAAGUUCCAAGGCCAAGAAACGCGUCAGAGCUCAAAGCGUACUUGGGCAUGAUAACUUUCUACUCGAAGUUUAUUCUGCACAUGUCAACGGCCUUUAAGCCUUUGUAUGACCUACUCCAGAAAAACAAGAAAUGGGCCUGGACUAAAGAAACGGAAAGGAGCUUCCAAGAGAGUAAAACGUGGUUGACUGAAGAUAACGUGCUGACAUUCUACGACCCUACGAAAGAACUUGGUCUAGUGUGUGAUGCAUCAGCCUAUGGUGUGGGAGCCGUACUUUUCCACAAAAUUGACGAAGCAGAAAGGCCUAUCGCUUACGCUUCUCGUACGUUGAGUAAAGCAGAAUGCGCGUAUGCGCAUAUUGAAAGGGAAGCAUUAGCUGUUGUGUUUGCCAUUAAGAAAUUCCAUAAGUAUUUAUAUGGUAGGGAAUUUACUGUUUAUUCGGAUCAUUUGCCGUUAGCCGGACUCUUUGCUCAUAACAAGCCUAUUUCUUCCUUGGCAGCCGCACGUAUGCAAAGGUGGAUGCUGUUACUUUCUGCCUAUCGGUACAAAUGGGUCUAUCGCAAGGGAACCGAUGUAGCUAAUGCAGACGGACUGUCAAGAUUACCGUUGCCGACUGGGGAGGACAAGAGUGACUAUGUGCAAUCAUUUUCUGUUGUGAACGGCGUGCCCUUAUCUGCAGACGCGAUAAGUUCCGAAACAAAAAAAAAUAAGGUGCUGCAGAAGGUUCUGUUUUUCACGUUGAAUGGUUGGCCAGCACAUGUAUCUGAAGAAACUUUAGCGCCUUAUUUCUUGCGUAGGAAUGAGCUGUCUGUUGAUCAAGAUUGUGUAACUUGGGGGAAUCGCGUAGUUGUACCUGAAUCAUUGCGUUCUGAAGUGUUGCAGCUACUUCACGAAAAUCACCCAGGAAUUACAAGGAUGAAAACGCUAAGUAGAAGCCAUGUUUGGUGGCCUAAGGUUUCUGAGGACAUUGAAAAUGUUGUAAAAUCAUGUACAACGUGUCAACUCACACAGAACGCAAUGCAGCAGGUUCCAUUGGUCCCAUGGAAUGUUGCCACAAGACGAUGGCAAAGAGUACAUGUAGAUUUUGCUUACUAUUCCCAGCAGUGGUUUUUGGUACUAGUGGACGCAUAUUCUAAGUGGGUGGACGUUCUGUGGAUGAGUUCAACGACAGCUACAAAGACUGUGGAGAAGUUGAGGACAGUGUUUGCCACCUUCGGAUUGCCUGAAGUGUUGGUGUCCGACAAUGGACCACAGUUUCUUUCUGCAGAGUUCGCAGAUUUCCUGUCCGCGAACGGAAUCGUCCACAAGAAGAUACCUCCCUACCACCCUGCAUCAAACGGGGCAGCGGAACGUCUCGUCCAGACAGUAAGGAAGAACCUUCUCAAGCAGAUGAAGGAUGAGGACCAGUUGAAGACUACGUCCAACAUCGUCUGGAUCAGUUUUUGUUUACUUACAGAAACACUCCCAAGCCCAACGACAGGCAAGACUCCGUCAGAGUUGUUUUUGUCAUGGACUCCGAGAACCAGGUUAAGCCUUCUCCACCCGAACCUCCACAAGAGACUGGAGCAUCAUAAAGAAAGAGAGAAGAUGACAGCAGACGACUCGAGGGGGCCCUGGAAGGAAUUUGAGGCAGGUGACGCAGUAAGGGUCAAGGGCUGCAGACCUUCCGACCCGGAGUGGCUUCCGGGACGAAUCACUCGAAUAGUCAGCACUGCGACGUACACUGUAAGAAUCAAUAACGAAGAACGAUUUGUCCACGUAGACGACAUCGCUACUGCCACGUUCCGUGAGCCAGGCCCAACCAUUCCGCUGCACUCGCCCCAGGAGAAGCCUACGUCAGCAGCCGUACCGACCUCGCAGAGCAGCAUGGACAUGACUCGUGCAGGGGACCCUCUUCCCCCUACGUCCGAAAGGGUCAGUCCUCAAGAGACCACGGACAAGACCAGCCACGUCCCCUCAACAGAGACUCAAGGUGAAAGAUCGUUGGAAAAUGAGACUGACAGCAUACCGUUACGAAGAUCUACGCGGACAAGACGCCCGCCCGAACGUUAUGGUGUUAAUUGCGAGGAGGAGGAGGGAGGAGGAGGAGUGUCGUUGGGAGGAACCCGAGAGGUCUGCCUGCCUGAUUAG